UCUUCAUUUAUAAGACCUCUGCUCGUUCUCUGCUACUGUGGUUUCCAAAUAGAAGAAACUGAGGCUCUUGGGCAUUUUUUUUUUAAAGCUCUUGCAGAAGAAAAUUAGGUACAGAACAUGGGGAGAGUUUUAAUCCCCUUAGUGGGGCUUCUGUUCUUAUGUUCCUGGGGAGCCAUAGCAGAAGGAAAGUAUCUUAAGUAUAAAGAUCCUAAACAGCCAUUGGGUGCUCGGAUCAAGGACCUUUUGAGCCGGAUGACCUUAGAGGAAAAGAUCGGACAGAUGACACAGAUUGAGCGAAGCGUCGCAACUGCUGAUGUGAUGAAGAAGUACUUCAUUGGGAGUGUAUUGAGUGGUGGAGGGAGUGUUCCAGCUUCUCAGGCCUCUCCUCAGACUUGGGUUAGCAUGAUGAAUGACCUUCAGAAGGGUUCUUUAUCUACCCGUCUUGGGAUUCCGAUGAUUUAUGGAAUCGACGCCGUUCACGGCCACAAUAAUGUCUACAAGGCGACAGUAUUUCCUCAUAAUAUUGGUCUUGGAGUUACCAGGGAUCCUGAGCUUGUCAAGAAGAUUGGAGCUGCCACUGCUCUUGAAGUUAGAGCUACAGGCAUUCCUUAUGUUUUUGCACCAUGUAUUGCGGUUUGCAGAGAUCCAAGAUGGGGGCGAUGUUAUGAGAGCUAUAGUGAAGAUCACAAGAUUGUUCAAUUAAUGACAGAUAUCAUACCCGGUUUACAAGGAGAGAUUCCAGCCAAUUCGCGGAAAGGUGUUCCUUUUGUUGGUGGAAAGACAAAGGUUGCUGCUUGUGCAAAGCACUAUGUUGGUGAUGGUGGCACGACAAAGGGCAUAAAUGAGAACAACACUGUGAUUAGCAGAAAUGGAUUGUUCAACAUCCAUAUGCCAGCCUACCUCAACUCAAUCAGCAAGGGUGUUGCAACAAUCAUGGUUUCAUACUCAAGCUGGAAUGGUAAGAAGAUGCAUGCUAACCGCGAUCUUGUGACAGACUACCUCAAGAACCACCUCCAUUUCAGGGGUUUUGUCAUCUCAGAUUGGAUGGGUAUUGAUAGGAUUACUUCUCCACCCCAUGCUAACUACUCUUAUUCUGUUCAAGCUGGCAUUAGUGCGGGUAUUGACAUGAUUAUGGUCCCUAAUAACUUUACAGAGUUCAUUGACAUUCUUACCUUUCAAGUGAAGAAUAAUAUCAUUCCCAUGAGCAGAAUUGACGAUGCUGUUAGUAGGAUCUUGAGGGUAAAGUUCACCAUGGGUCUUUUUGAGGACCCAUUGGCAGACCUUAGCCUUGCUGAUCAGCUGGGAAGUCAGGAGCAUAGAGAAUUGGCGAGGGAAGCUGUGAGGAAAUCACUAGUGCUUCUAAAGAACGGUGAAUCUGCAGAUAAGCCAUUGCUGCCUCUUCCCAAGAAGGCCUCCAAGAUCCUUGUUGCUGGUAGCCAUGCUGACAACUUGGGUGCCCAAUGUGGAGGUUGGACAAUCACAUGGCAGGGACUUCAAGGCAAUAACCUUACAAGUGGAACAACAAUCCUCAAUGCUAUCAAGAACACCGUUGAUCCAUCCACUCAAGUUGUCUACAAAGAGAACCCCGACGCCAACUUUGUCAAGUCAAACAAAUUCUCCUUUGCCAUUGUUGUAGUGGGUGAACCACCAUAUGCUGAAACUUUUGGCGAUAGUAUGAACCUUAUCAUCCCUGAACCAGGACCAAGCACCAUAACCAAUGUUUGUUCAUCUGUCAAGUGCGUGGUUAUUCUGAUCUCCGGCCGCCCUGUGGUGAUUCAACCAUAUAUUGACUCCAUGGAUGCUCUUGUAGCUGCUUGGCUCCCAGGAACUGAAGGCCAAGGUGUUGCAGAUGUUCUUUUUGGUGACUAUGGGUUCACUGGUAAGCUUGCACGCACUUGGUUCAGGACUGUUGAUCAGCUCCCAUUGAACGUCGGUGACCCACAUUAUGAUCCCCUCUUCCCAUUCGGCUUUGGGUUAACAACGAAGCCUACACAUGCCAAAUGAUUAUCAUCUGAGGGACAUAGAAUAUCAAGCCAUGUUUUCACCAUUUUAGUAUCCAUCCACGUUCUGUUUCAAAACUUAAAAUAUAUAUAGAUCGUAACUUUUUUCCAAUUAUU